AUGACUUCCCACCAGCAAAGAGAGGAGCUUGAUCGCAGGGCUAGUCAAGGAGAGACCGUUGUCCCUGGCGGAACCGGUUGCAAAAGCCUUGAAGCUCAAGAACACCUAGCUGAAGAAAACGCCCCAGAAGAGGAAAAAGCUGAGCUUGAUGCCAGGGCCAGGCAAGGAGAGACAAUGGUUCCUGGUGGAACUCGUGGCAAAAGAUUGGAAGCCCAGAUACACUUAGCUGAAGGAAAUAAUAACAACAGGAGGCACGAAGGAGGGGAGACAAGGAAGCAGCAGAUGGGGAAAGAAGGGCACCAGGAAAUGGGCCGCAAAGGUGGUCUCAGCAACAAUGAUAAGCCUGGUGGAGAAGGUGCUGCUGAAGAGGGGAUUCCCAUUGAUGAGUCCAAGUUCAGGACCAAAAGCUGAUGUACCUAGUCAUCGGUAGGAAACUUAUC